AUGGUUAUUAACCCCACUCUACUCGCACAGAGGUCGCGCCAGUCUGUGAACUGGGCUGACGCUCAAAAGAGGGUGGUCAAAAGUUACCGGGACUGGAUACGCGCUGCCCCAGAAAUACAAACCAUGUACUCUCUUGAUAUUCCCAUAGCACAAAUGCGUACCAAAAUACGGCAAGAAUUCGAACGGCAUCGAUUCGUCAAACAAAUUAGUGUUGUGGAUGUUUUAUUGACGCGCGCAAAUGUUGAAUUUCAGGAAACUUUGAACUACUGGAAGCAACUACCCCAUGUAUUGAAAUAUUUUAGGGCAAAAGAAGAUCGCAAAGUUUCAAGCCCGAAUAAUUUCGUUGAGGCCUUUCUGGAGGUAUGA